AUGCUGACUACGAUGCCGACGAAACGUUUGGAAAUGUACCAUGUCAACGGUCCAACUUUGGAAAUGAUCAUGCAGACAAUGGACUCCGGACUAGUGCGUUCCUCUAAGUCUUCCAACCAAUAUGAUCAUGUUGCGAAAACAAGGUCAAACAACCUCUAUGAGGCGUACGGCUUGUCGAAGGAACACAAAGAAGGAAAACCGUUGAGACCGAUAGUCAACGAUAAAGACGGACAAACAGCUAAGCUGGCAAAAUCUAUCUGCUUCAAAUUUAAGAAAGUCAAUGAGAGAACUCAUAUUAAUUUUGACAAGGAAACAAAGGCACCAGUUUGGAGGGAAACGAACUUUUAG